AUGGAGGACGCGGCGCGCGAGGAGCCGCCGCAGCCCGCGCCCCUCAAGGCCCACGAGGAGGAGCCGCCGCCGCGCACGCCGCAGCCCGAGGAGGAGGCGCAGGAGUCGGCGUCCGACGAGAAGGAGCACGAGCAGCAGGAGGAGGAGCAGGAGCAGCCCCCGCAGGAGGCGCAAGAGGACAAGGACACGACCACGGAGGAGACGACGGAGACCGUGGAGGAGGCAGCAGAGACCACAGAGACGGCGGAGACCGCAGAGGAGACCACUGAGAUGGUGGAGGAGGCAGCGUCGCCGGAGCCUGUGAAGGGGGAGGCGGCCGCGGGGGAGGAGGAGGCCGAGCAGACAGCGACUGACGCCGUCGUUGAAGCUGAAGCUGAAGCUGCGGAGACAGAGGCUGCUGUGGAGCCCAAGGACGAGAAGAAGGAGGAGAAGCAGGAGCAGGAGCAGGAGCAGGAGCAGGAGGAGGAAGAGAUUGUUCCAAAGAAGGAAGAGGAGGAGGAGGAGAAGCAACUGAAAGAGGAGCAGCAGGAGCAGGAGCAGCAGGAGGAGACACAGAAGAGCGAUGAGUACAGCGGCGAAGCAUCGGCGGCUGAGGACGUCAAGCCGGCGGAGAACCCCGCAACGAGCGACGAUGCUGCCGCGAAGGCGCCGCUUAGUGUGGACACGCAGACGCAGCAGAACGCCAACCGCCAGAUGCAGUUCCCCUUUGCGCCGUCCAACUUCUUGGCGCCGUCGCCCACGCCUAUUCGUCCGCUGGAUGGAGAUCCGCGCAUGAAGCAGCAGCCGCAAGAGGCCGGCGACGCAACUAACAACAACGCUGGCACACCGACCAGCGCGAGCGGCGCCGCUCCGUCCAAUACGUCGGACCCCGGCGCUAACGCUAACGCUAACGCUAACGCCGCUGCGAGCAGCAACCCUGUGUCGCAGUCUCAGAUGUUCUACCACCAAACGAACGCUCCAUCGUUCUACGCUACGCCCCAAGACGGCCCUCCGGUUGGACCCGCGAUGAUGGACCAGCAAGGCCAGCCGACUUCCGCCGGCAUGAACAUCCCGAACAACCAGAAUCAGAGCCAAAAUCAGAACUGGAACCCGCAGGCGGCUCAGGGAGCUCCUACUACGAGAAGCCCAUCAGCGGGACCGAACCGCCAAGGAGGUGGUGAUCCUGGCUUGAACCCAGCUCCAUUUCCGGCAAAGUCUCUCGUUCCGCAGCGUCUGGACGACAACUCGUAUGCUUUGGAGCGGGCAAAACUGAGUCGCUUGGGGGCGUACGCGAAAAAUGCCUCCACUCCAGCCCAAGCUAGCGCCCUUGCUGUUGACGUUCUGCGCGCGUCAGUUGGUGCAGAAAAUACGAGAGCUCAUGGCUGGAGAAAUCCAUUCCCUGGUGAUGAAUAUGAGGUCCUGCUUCAAAAGGGAUCCAUCGGUUUAUGCAUGAAUAUGAGCGUUCGCAUGGGAUCCGUUACCGUGACGAGCUUUCGACGCCCAGAUGGAAACAUGAUGGGACCCGCCGAAGCUAGUGGAAUGAUUGCCGUGGGAGACGACUUGAUUGCAGUUGACGGAUUUUUGGUUCAAAGUCAGGAAGACUUCGCUCGCGUCGUGUCGCGUCUCAAGUCCCUUCGUCCAGUUUUACUGCGUUUCAAGCGACCCGGAGGAAAUGGACUUGUAAGCAGCAUUAAUCGUGACGUGCAUGGAUACCGAAACGGACAACAAACGUCAGGCUUUGGACUGGAUAACCCGCGGAUGUUCACAUCGGGAAUGUGGCACUUGGGCGUUCGGUAUAUUUCUCCGAACCAGUGGGCUGCCGAGUUGCACGUGGAUGGCGGAGGCAUCCGACGCUUGGGAACUUUCUCUACUGAAAAAGAAGCAGCAAUGGCGUACAACCAGUACAUUCAUCAGACUUACGGCAACGGAGCAAUCCAGUUCAUGAACCCCGCUGGCACUGGCGGAAAUGCAAACAUGCCUGUUGCCAUGCCCAAUGUGCAGCCUAGGAGGCCAACUCUGCGUGCUGCUUUUUCGGCAGAGCAGAAGGAGCAGCUACGUGCCCAGAUUAUGGUGUUCAAGUUCACAUCUACUGGUGGCAACAUUCCAAACGAGAUCCUUAGCCGUGCAUUGAAGACAACAGCCCACAACUACAUCCAGCCGAAUGCGAACCGAAACAAGAGAAAGAACUUUGCUCCUACUGUUAUCGCGAAGCCAGUGAAGAAGAAGGCCAAGCGGGGUCGUGGCAAAAAGAAGGCAUACUCUGACGAAGACGAAGAGUCUGAGGAUUCUGACGAUGACUACUCGGGUCCGAAGGUUCUAAAGGAAGAACAGCCCGCUCGACGAUCGGGACGUAACCUUGGCAAGGCGAAGAAAAAAUAUGUGGAAGAGGAGAUUGAUUUCGGACUCAGCGAUGAAGAGAAGCCCAAAACGCCAAAGAAGAAAGAAGGCCCGAAGGGCCCGCAAAUUGACACGAUUGUUAGCGUGCGGUUCCACAAGGACACAGCGCAGGAUACCGAGGUCACUAUGGAGUUCCUGAUCAAAUGGAAGGACACCUCGCAUCUCCAUGUGAAUUGGCUUUCUGUCAGAGAAAUCGAAGAGUUUGGUCAGCAUGCAAUUCAGCGAAUGAAGCGGUAUCUUCAGAAGAACAGUCGCCUGGUCGAGGACGCGCGCGAGACUGUCGUUGUCGGAGAAGAAAAAGAUCUCAGCAAUUACUUCAGUGAUUCCUACAUCGAAGUGGACCGGAUUUUGAACGCGAAGGAAGUGGAGGAGCCCGAAGAAUCGAAUCCGUACCUCGUUCACAUGAUGGAGAAGGAUGCUAGCGAUACUGAAGACGAUGCACCCAAGGUGCCAAAGAAGAAGGGAAUCAAGUACCUUGUGAAGUGGCGUGAUAUGAGCUAUGUUGACUGCACUUGGGAGUGGGAAGACCAACUCACGGACGACCGAAAAAUCGCUGCGUUCCAUCGUUUUAACCACCCUCCGAUUAUUAACGGUGCUCACCCGGCGACUUAUUCUGAUGUCCGACCGGAACCAAGCACAUGGGCAAAGUACCAGGAAUCUCCUGUGUACAACAACCAGAACACGCUGCGAUCCUACCAGCUCGAAGGCCUCAACUGGAUGACGUUUUGCUGGUACAAUCGUCGCAACUGCAUUCUUGCGGAUGAAAUGGGUCUGGGUAAGACUGUUCAAGCAACAUCUAUCCUCGAGCAUUUGCGCCAGCGAGAAUUUAUUCGAGGUCCGUUUUUGGUGGUUGCCCCACUUGCGACACUGGGCAACUGGAAGCGUGAGAUUGAAACGUGGACUUCGAUGAACUGUGUUGUUUAUCACGACUCGGAGGGAGGAUCCGACAUUCGGGCCUUCAUUCGUGAGCAGGAAUUUCACUUCGCGAGCGAAGCUCAUCGUAGACGCGGCAUUUACAAGUUCAACGUCUUGGUCACGUCGUAUCAAACGUUAAUGAUGGAUGCCGAGUACCUCGAGACGAUUCACUGGCGGUACCUUGUGAUUGAUGAAGCUCACAAGCUGAAAAACCGUGAGGCGAAGCUGCUCCAGGUGCUUCACGGCUUCACAUGGGAUUCGUGCCUAUUGAUGACGGGUACCCCGUUGCAGAACGGCGUGUUUGAGCUGUGGUGUCUGCUGAAUUUCAUCGAGCCUGAUAAAUUCCCGAGUCAGCAGCAAUUCUAUGACGAGUUCGGUGAUUUGAAUACCGCAGAGCAAGUUGCCCAAUUGCAUGAGCAGCUGCGGCCCUACAUGCUCCGUCGCGUGAAAGAGGAUGUGGAGAAGAGCAUUCCGCCGAAAGAAGAGACGAUCGUCGAUGUGGAGCUUACUACGAUGCAGAAGAAGUAUUACCGUGCUAUCUUCGAGCGGAACCGCUCGUUCUUGAACAUGGGUGCAUCGGGCACUGUCGCUAACCUGGUCAACGUGGAGAUGGAGCUGCGCAAAUGCUGUAACCACCCGUUCUUGAUUCGGGGUGUAGAGGACAAAGAGUGUGCCGGGUUUGACGAGCAGCUGCGAACGAAGAUUCUGAUUCAGGCGAGCGGCAAAACAGUGCUGCUAGAUAAGUUACUGACGAAAUUCCGUCAGGAGAAGAAGAAGGUGCUUAUCUUCUCGCAGUUUAAGAUCAUGCUGGACAUUAUCGAGGACAUGUGCCAGUUGCGAGGGUACACCAUGGAGCGUUUGGAUGGAUCUGUUCGCGGAAACUCGCGUCAGGCUGCGAUCGAUCGGUUCAAUAACCCGGAGUCCGAUACGUUUGCCUUCCUAUUGAGCACUCGCGCAGGUGGUGUGGGUAUCAAUCUCAUUGCUGCUUCUGUGGUGAUUUUGUUCGAUAGCGAUUGGAAUCCCCAAAACGAUCUGCAAGCCGUCGCGCGUUGUCACCGUAUCGGUCAAACGCAGUCGGUGAAUAUCUAUCGGUUGGUGACGAAGAAGACGUACGAGGCCCAGAUGUUUGAGAUUGCCUCGAAGAAACUCGGAAUGCACCACGCUGUCUUUGAGACUGGCGGAGUGCGCAAUGAGUUCGAUGGCGAAGAUGACAGCAGUGGCAACAUGAUGUCUUUGAUGUCUUUGGAUCGCGAGAAGGUCGAGAUGAUGAUCAGAUACGGAGCGUACGCCAUCAUGGGUGAAGACGAUGAGCAGGACCCUGAGAACCGCGCCAUUAAUGAGCUGGAUAUUGACCACUUGCUGUCGAAUAGUCGAACCAUUCGAUAUGACCCGACCAAAUCUGGUGAAAACCCUGAAGGAGAUGAGGAGAACAGUGCAGAGGACAGUGAUGCCAAGCCGGUGACCGCUUCUCAGACAAGUGCUUUGUCAUUCUCGAAGGCAACCUUCACUUCGGAAUCGGCCGACACGACAAUUGAUUUCAACGAUGAAAAGUUCUGGGAGAAGGUUCUCGGACCGAAGCCUGUGCAAGUUCUCAUGACGAAGGUCCAAGAAGGAUGGCUCAAAACGGCUUCACAAGAAGAUGUGAAAGAGUUCCUGUCGCAGUUGCGUGAGCUGGCUCGUGCCGUCGUUAAAGAGCGGCAGCGAGGCAAGUCUCUCGCUGACGCAGACCAAGUGCUGGCAAUUCUGAUCGAGCUGAAGGUCACCGGAUGCGUCAUCAAGGGCGUCGUAAACGUUCGUGAGGUCGCUACUGAGUGGUUACAAGUGAUUGAGCGGCCGAGGCGUCGGCGUAGCCAAGACGUUGGCGAGGAACUGAUGUAUCUCGAGUUCCUCGACGGACCGAAAGAACAAUCACCGAAAGGCAAAAAGGGAGGCGGUGCUCGCCGCAAGCGGACACCGAAGGCAAAUGGCAAGAACAAGGAUCGCAAGCUGUAUAAGAGCGAUGACGAGGAGUUCGCGGAAGAUGAGGUUGAUCUGCCCAAGCGAAAGAAAGCGGCUCGUCAGGCGUCUGGUGGUAGGAGCUCUAGAGCUUCGUCACCUACCGGGCGCGUAUCAAGUGGUAUUCACAUUUCUCUGAAGCGCUCGAAGAGCUCUGAGGAUUUCAGCAUCACAAAGGUGGCUAGCACGAUUCGUAAGGUCCAGAAGAAGCUCGACAAAUCUUCCGGCAAACCCGAUUCACCUCAGGGUACACCUCCUGGAAGCAAACAACCUGAUAAGAUGAGCAAGAUUGUUGAAGAGGAGGAAGAACAUGCAAGUGGAUCCGAGGAAGAAGAGGAACACGAAGAAGAGGAGCACGAGGAGGAGGAACACGAAGAAGAGGAGGACGAGGAAGAGGAGGAAGAAGAUGCGUACGAAGAAGACGAGGAGGAAGCUGAAAAGAAGCCUUCUCGUAGCCGCCCGCGCAAGAAAGCUAAAACGAGCGGCAGGUCUCGCAAGGCGGCCAAAGAAGAUGUUGAUCCGCAGGAGGACGAAGAGAUGUGGUGCCGUGUGUGCUUCAGCGACCAAGGCUACCUUGAUGACCCUAUUGUCCAGUGUGAGAAGUGCUCCGUCGCCGUUCACCAGUAUUGCUAUGGUAUUGAUUCAGUGCCGGAAGGCGAUGAGCCGUGGUUUUGCGACUUCUGCGUCAAGCCGUCAGGGUCUCCUGCUGAUGCGACGUGCGAGUUGUGUCCUCUGAAGCGCGCUAAGAGCGCCUUCAAGAAGACCGUCGAAGGCAAAUGGGUCCACGUGGUGUGCGCCCUGUGGGCCCCUGGUGUUCAGUUUUCCGACGUAGAGCGCAUGAGUGGAGUAAAGCACGUGGCUGCUGCCGUCGAAGAGAUGAAGGGCUCGACGUGCGCCCUUUGCGAACAGGAGGAUGGCUGCAUCAAAUGCUUCCGCGGUGGAUGCUCGACGUACUUCCACCCGCUGUGCGGUCGCGAAACGAGAGGAGCUUACGAUAUGUUUAUGAAAGACGGGGGACAGCUUCAGGCGUUCUGCAAGAAACAUCGAACGCACCGGAAGCGUAGUUAG